AUGGAUUCCCAAUUAGGGAUAGCGUAUUGCGUUCCAACAGAAGGUUGCCAUCACGUGCCUGCGGCACGUAACCAAUCAAAGGCCGGCACAAUCUUCAGCAAGCUGUGGUGCAGGGUAGCACUGUGCCUACGCGGCGACAAAGAAGGCACAGGGCGCACCACUUCAAGUCGCGCAACGGUUGCUACACUUGCAAGGGACGAAGAGUCAAGUUCAAGGGGCCUAGCCAAUUGUAGAGGUUUGCGGAAUACAGAGCGUGUCUUUUCCGUCUCACACUCUUUACUGCCGUUGGAAUUUCACCAGCCUGGUCUAUCCACGCUUCCGGCGUCAACACUACAUUGCGGAUCAACUGACUUGGCUGAUAUGAGCCUGUUGACCAGGUUUAUCCUGGAUACUUCCCAGAAGAUGAGCUUGCUUCCGACGAGGGUGGUGAUGUGGCAGCGAGUCAUCCCUGAGAUUGCCACGAAAAGAGAGUAUUUGAUGCACCUGCUACUUGCGCUUGCCGGCAUGCACGCACAAUAUGAGUAUUACGCAUCAACACUAGUAGACUCAAACCCAACCGAUUACCGAAACGGUGCAUGGUUCGUUGGCAAUCCUUCGGCAGACGUUGACCUUUAUCGCAUGAUCGGACAUCAUCAGCAAGGGCUCGAGGGAGUUCAAGAGGCUAUAUGUCACGUAUCUUCGGCGACCGCAGAAGAGGUCUGCUGUGGCUCAAUAUUGAUCACCGCAUUUGCAUUUGGUUCUUUAUCAAUCAGCGGUUACAAUAAUAGUAUAGAGCCUGGUUUAAGUCAUGAAGACGAGUCUCCUUCUACUGAGUGGAUUCGUUUAUGCCGAGGGUUGAUAGGUGUGAUUCAGGAGCAUUGGACCACUCUCAAGCGUGGGAGACUGAGAUCAAUGUUAUCUUAUAACCACGUCAAUGAUGAUUGGAAGAUGUAUCCUCCCCUUGAACCCUUGUCAAGCUCUCCACGCUUGAUUCAAGGAUCUCGGGUACUGUCCAUAUUUGCACAAGGUUCCUCCAAGGCACUUUCGAUGCUUCGUACUUUCUCAACCACGCUUUUUUCAAGCUCUGCAGCAAGUUCCGAGCUAUCUCUAUCCCCAUAUCGAACUACAGAAGACUCUCAGUUGGAUACGACCGAUGAUUAUGACGCCGACUAUGGUAUUACCAUUGAUAACCUGGAGGACAUAUAUAUGCGCAUUCUAUACGUGCUUCACUUCACAGAAAGCGAACGCAGUUGUUCCGCAUCUCUAGAUAUUCAGAUUGAUUUAGAAGAUGCGGCCGUCACGGCCUGGCCUCAGAUGAUCUCCGAUGCCUUCAUCUCUUCCCUCGAUCCAAAAUGCCCACUUGGGAUUGCUAAUGGGUUUUCAUUUACUAUAUUGGCUCAUUUUUACCUGACACUUAUUCUCCUUGAGGAUUUGUGGUAUUUGAAUCGGGGAAUUCGCAAGGAGAUCCAAAAGAUUGCUCGCCUGGUCAGUACCGCGACGGAGGGUGUGGAGGCAUAA